AUGCUUAAACCAGUUAUAGUCGCAUUUUUUGCAUUGACGACAAAUUGUUAUGCAGCCGUCAAAUGUCCGCCAAAUAAACGAGGUGAAAUUCUUACGUGCGCGUUUGCUUGUUGCAGAAGUUCGGACACUACUAUUGAGGAUUAUUUCUGCUGUAAUUUGGAGGACAAUCAUAUAAAUCGCAAGACGAUCUCAGGGCACGAUCGACCACAACGUUUCAUUGCUUAUGGCAAUACUUUUCAGAUUGAUUACACACUUCUUAUCAUUGGUUUGAUUAUUAGUAUAAUCCUCAGCAUUCUUUGUUCAUUCUUCUGUUGCCUUCUAUGUAAUGGAUGCUGGCUUCAUCGACGACGUAAUCCGCAGUUGUACGAGUCCGUAAACGAUACCGGAUUCUAUCCAUUAUGCUGCGGAUUUGGCAUUCCAAUGGGAACUAUAGUAUUUAGCACGCAUCCGCCACAAUUUCGGGAUGACUCAGAGCUUUAUGCCGGAUCAUUAGCAUCAUCAUACGGUAAUCGAAGUCGAGUCAGAUUUAAUGAUGAUGGUACACCACGCGGAGUAUUGAAAGAUAAUUUGAAUACAUAUCAAAAGUCAUGA